AUGGGGAGCUUUACACGGGUCAUGAAGCGUCUCGGCCCUAGCAAAAAUCCUAUAUCGAUUGCUGCUGACCCCCCUAUCCGUGCAGAAGCGCCACAAGUCAAUCUCCCACAUGUGGACACGCAAUUGAACAUGCACCAGCAUACCGGAUUACUCGAUGAAGCGGCUUCUAAUGCCCAGACCCAGGACCCUAACCCAACCUCUCCCACACAACCUUUGAACUUCUCCACAUCCGAAACAAAUGGCGAUGCCCCCACAACGGAAUGGUCAGCGGUCGGCCACGCAGCAACCGGAAAAUCAGGGCGUGUCAUUCACAACCUGCAGGAGGAAAUCGCUCGAUUAACGCGCGAAUGCACACUAUACAAGUCCCGAGCAGAAGAGUAUCAACGAACAAAUGAGGCCUACAAGAUCCAACAACAAAAUAUGAACGAGCGACUCCGCAACCUCGAGCAAGUCAAUGACACAAAUCUCAACUCUAUUGCGCGCAAAGACCGAAAGCUGGAGGAGCUCCGGACAGAGCUCCAAAGUGAGCGCAACAAGCGCCAGGAUGCAGAGAAGGACGCAAACCAGACAAAUCAGACAAUGUUUGAGGAGCGCGAGACACAUAAUCGCGAACAAGCUCGGUCACAGGAGAUCGCCAAGUAUCACGAGACACAGUACGAGGUGCUAUCCAGCUCGAAUAAACGUGAGAAGGCCGAUCUCACAAAACGCAUCAACGCUAUGUGGCGAGAGGUCGAGACUCUCGCCAAUGCUCAAAAAACUCAUAUACAUUCUACGGAGAGGUUGGAAGUUUUGGCCGAUCAGAAGAAUCGGGAGGUGGACUCACUCAAGGAGUCAUAUGAGAAAUUGCUUGCUAAGCACACUCAAUAUAAGGAAAUGAAGGAUAAUGACUUCCGGGAGACAAUUGAUUCCGCAAAGUCGAAUAACAGCGCGAUUGAUAAGGUUCUUGCUCAGCUCAAGCAGACCGAAAACGAGAUGAAGUGGGCCUUACGUCUCCAUCAAAGUCGUGAAGGCAAAGAGUGA